AUGUCGCUCAACGGAUUGGAUACGCCUGAAUUGACAGAGGCAUUUGCAAAAGCAUGCGCAGAGCCUGGAAGCUGGUUUUGGAUUAAAUACACCUCCCGAGACGAUGUUGAGCUUCUGUGUCAGGGAAUCAAUGGAGCGGAGGAGAUGCGAGAAGCAGCAGAGAAGGAGCCAGAUGAUUCGCCGCUGUAUGGAUUUAUUCGAUUCAGGCGACGAAAUAUCUUGAUCAAGUAUAUCCCGGAGGGAACUUCGCGGGUUUUGAAAGCUCGAUCACAGGUACAUUUUCAAUCCGUUGCUGAAAGGUUCAUUCCAAACGACACUACAUUCUCAAUAUCGACUCCUAAAGAGCUACGCGACAAUGCAUUGACGUCAGCAUGCUCGACGCAUACUGCAACUGCUUCGAUAUCUUCUUCGAAUAGUUCUCUUCGAGCGCGUCGUUUAACGGAUAUUGCCGAAUCUGCAGAUGAGGAGGAGCCGCCUACAGCUGUAAUGAGCGCUGGUUCGCCGGUGACAUUCGGUGAGAUCGAUGGAAAAGGGAAGACUAGUCAAGGCUUGGCGGUGGUGAUUACCGCACAUGAUUCGUCAAUAACAGAUGGCGGACCUGGCUCACCCGUCUUUCUCGAUGGGGACAGGGACCUCUUGGGGUCCCCCCUAGGCGCCUCCUUUUCGAGAGACUCACUUGAACCCAGAAGAAAGUCAACAGGUACCUCACCCAGACCUUCUUCAACCGAUUUAUACGGACCGUACAUAUACACCCCUAGAGAAAAGGUUCGACUUGGACCUCGUCCCCACGUCGAGCCCGUAAAACGGCCUCAUACCUCUGGUGAGCGUCCGAAAGCCUUCCCUAGCCCCGACCAGGAAAUUCGACCCGUGGUCUCGGUUCCUAAAUCUGUUCAAAUUCCUCCAAGAAAAUCCAAAGAAUCAAGGAAUAGGUCCUUGUCCAACGAAUCUCUACGAUCAGAGCAAGAUACAAUCUCAUUUCUCUCAAUUGAGAUUGAGGACUCACCACCUCCUUCACCAAAAUCACUCUCGCCGGUUCCCUCACAAGAGCCUGCCCUUACUCCUGAAAAGCAGAGGUUGAUGAGAGCUUUGCAGCUGAGGAGAAAAACAAUGCAACCUGAACUGAAAGAGCAAUCGAGACGGGAUGAGGAAGCCGCCCUAGAGAUCCAAGGUAUGAAGGAGUCAGACGAAAUUAGCACCAUUGCAGAAACUGACGAGGAUGAAGACCGAGAGGAAGGGGAAAGUGGGAUUGUAUCCCAGAAGAUAGUCGAGCCAGAUUCAAACGAAGCUAUCGGAGGACAAGAGGGGGUAGAUGUGCUCGAGGAAAGUUCCCGUGGAGACGCGGUGAAUGAAGGGGUAACACUGGAUAGGGUAAACGAGCAGACAGAAACGGGAGAUGCAACAGAGGACUUGAGGGAGCAGGAUGAUAAACUACCGGAAUCACCAGUAGAACUACAAUCACCCGAAAGUACAAAGGUUCGAGGCGAGCCCGAUUCCGAUGUUGACACUGAAUCCGAUCACACCGAAAUUUCCAUCAUGACGGAUUCUAGACCCUUCUCGCUCACACCCGACCAAACCCCCGUCACCAGAUCCUUGGCACCAAAGGUGCUCAAGAGAACUGAUCGUCCAAUUGAAAGCGAGCCCAUAAACGAGCCCCCUGUUCCUGAGGCAGCCCGUUCUGUUUCUGCACCUUUCUUGAAACCGACAGCUCCCGCAGCUGGACCAAGAAAAGCUGUAGGCGGGGGGGUGUGGGGGUGUGGCACAGCGGAUUCGACAGCUCGAGAUGUUGUCAGUUCAGAAAGCUGCCGCAGCAGCAGGGAAAUCACCCCCUGUGAGCCGAGGCAGCUCCCCGACACCGCCGAUUCCACAGUAUCACCCGAACCUUAUAUCAACGCCUUCACUUCCGAAAUCAAGCCCGCCAAAAUCAAGUCCUGCUCCCAGGAUGGAAUAAUUGAACGCAAUAACAGGCCCGAAUUGCAAGUCACAACUCAAAUCACCAGAGACGAGCAAGGAACUCCUCAUCCAUCAUUCCAAUCACCUCCAGCUCCAAUUCCGGCUCCCGAAUCCAAGUCGAAAUCUCCGACAACCCCCAAGUCACCAAAGAGUCCUGGAUUUUUGCAGAAAAUGAGUGCGGCUUUAACAGGCAAGAAAUCUAAGGAAGAUGUGCAAGCCCCCGCUCCUGUAGCCCCCGCCGAGCCUGCGAAAAAAUCAUACCUCUUGGCUGGUUGGAUAAAUGCUCAACUUCCGGAUACCAUGUUAUGGAGGCGGCGGUGUUUGAAGAUAGAUUCAAGUGGUUGGCUGUUCUUGUCUUUAUCAGAAGAUGAGAAUGCGCCACAAACUAAAAGAUAUCACAUAUCUACGGAGGUUCGAUCGGUUGAUUUACCAGAUAUGGAUGAGCAAGAACUCCCCACAGUGUGA